UACCAGCACUGGAGUUGAGAGGCCAGUGCUUACCCACACUGCCUGAAUCACGAACAAUUUUUUAUUAUGGCACUUGCGCGGCUCGCAAACAGAAUUUGCUGAUUGAAAUCCAUAGAAAGUCAUUGCCGAACGUCGAGGACGCUGCAAGUUGAAGUUUCUGCGAGAAAGGAUCGCCGCGCAGGAAACGAAAGUGCCGGGAAACAGCUAUUUUAUCCAUCGCCGCUGCCUCCCCCUCGCCCCCCGCGAAACGAGCAGACGCCGACCGAAACAUUUAGAUUGUGCAAAUAGCUAAAAUCCACACAGUCCGCCAUCGAAUAUUAUGAAAUGGCAUCAGCUUUAAGUGUCUUGUCUUAUUAAAUCUGAUAAGUGUGUUAAUGAAUGCGAUACGAUUUAGGUAAAAUAAAGUAUUGUAAAGGCAGAUUCACUUGUACAUAUUCCGAUUCCCCUGCAUUUGAUCAAGAGCCUUGAUCGCCAGAAUAAAAACGUAAAACGUAAUACCAUUUACCCAAGUGGAACUUGUUGCUUGAGGCUUGGUUGUAGGUCAGUGCGAAGAGGUGGCUGAUCCGGCGGCAAAGAGUGCGCACCAGGCGACGACCGGCGACGAUACAAUGCCCUCGGCCAUCAGUGGCGCGGCACAUGGCCAAGUCCACAUACCCAGCAACGAGGAGUGCGGCAUCCGGGACGUGUGGAAGCAUAACCUGGAGGAGGAGUUCCGCACAAUCCGCAAGGUGGUGCAGAAGUACCACUAUGUGGCCAUGGACACCGAGUUCCCGGGCGUGGUAGCUCGGCCUGUCGGCGAAUUCCGCUCCACGGCGGACUACCACUACCAGCUGCUGCGCUGCAAUGUCGACCUGCUGCGGAUCAUCCAAUUGGGCCUGACCUUCAUGGACGACGAUGGCAAAACGCCGCCCGGCUACUCCACCUGGCAGUUCAACUUUAAGUUCAACCUGAGCGAGGAUAUGUAUGCGCAGGACUCGAUCGAUCUGCUGCAGAACUCUGGCAUUCAGUUCAAGAAGCACGAGGAGGACGGCAUCGAUCCCAUUGAGUUCGCCGAGCUGCUAAUGAGCUCCGGCAUCGUUCUGGUGGACAACAUUAAGUGGCUGUGCUUCCACUCCGGCUACGACUUCGGCUACCUUCUUAAGCUGCUCACCGAUCAGAACCUGCCCUCGGACGAGGGAGACUUCUUCGAGCUGCUGCACAUAUACUUCCCCAAUAUCUUCGACAUCAAAUAUCUGAUGAAGUCGUGCAAAAACCUGAAGGGCGGUCUGCAGGAGGUGGCCGAUCAGCUUGAACUGCGGCGCGUGGGCCCCCAGCAUCAGGCCGGUUCCGAUGCCCUGCUCACGGGCAUGGCUUUCUUCAAAAUGCGUGAGGUACAGCACACAAAUGAUUUGCACUUUGACCUACCAGCGCCCGUUGUACUCUUUCCCUAUCUGCUUGAGCACACCAUGAACUUGAAGCCGUUGGUCAGCCGGAUCGACCUGCUGAGCCGUCCGGCCUACAUCGGAGGAAUUCCUCCCGAUGAGUCUGCGAUGAUCAGCAGUGGCAACGGCACGGGCAACACCAGCUCCUCUUGGGAGCCGCUUACCUCGAGCGCCUACAUGGUCACGCCUCCAAACACUCCUGGUUCGCCGGAGCGCGAUGGCUCGUCGCUACGCGCUUGCUUCGCGUCUUCUCCAAUUCGCUAAACAAGACAUACGGUUGUUGCCCAGCCCUUGCCACUACUAACUUGCCUCCAUCCACCAUCACCAUCAACAUCCAUUAGGUUUAAGGUUCUUCAUGGUUGUCACAACUCGCUCAUUUUCAUAUAUAGUUUAUAUAUGUAUUUAGUUUUUAUUGCCUGCAGCACCUGCAGUGCCAGUGACCCACUAUUUAUGAAUGAAAUCCAUAAUUUGAAGUGUUUUUAGUUAGAUUGAAACUGUUAAGACCAUGUGAAACAUGUUUAUUUAGUUUUAAAGCUCGCGAGACGAUAUGAAUUGAAAGAUUUGCUGAAUUUGAUUGGAAAAUUAAAUGAAUUGGAAUUAAU